AUGUCAAGGUCAGGAGCCUUCCGGCUGUGCGUCAGGCCGCGGGCUGCGGCGCAUACUCGAGCUUUUCGACCUUUGAACUUUUCUACAACUGCCUCUGCGCGGGCUGCCGAGAUUCGCGAUGUCUCCUCCCUCCCACCGAGAGUCGUUCCGAAAUACCGCGACCCUCCCAACUCGACCUCUGGCCUGCUCUCGCUGCACUGGCCGACGCCUCCGCGAAACAUCCUCCUGAUGCCGAAGCUGCGAUCCCCUCAAGUCCUACGAGCGACUAUUGACUUUGCGAAGCAUCUACAAAGCACAUACUCUGGCCUGAACCUGAUCUUUGAACCCAGGGUCGCGCAAAUGGUCCACGAGUCCUUCAACUUUCCCAUCUACACGUGUGACCCAUCGGCGUUCCCGGACACGAUCGACAUGAUCACGACUCUUGGUGGUGAUGGAACCAUCUUGCGCGCCGCGAGCCACUUCAGCAUGUAUCAAGCUGUCCCGCCGAUUCUCGCAUUCAACUUUGGUACUAUUGGAUUCUUGGCGGAAUGGAAGUUCGAGGAAUACAAGAGGGCCUGGAGAGAGGCGUACAUGAGUGGGAGCGGCGUCGCUGCGGAUGAUUUAUUGACGCCACACACAAGAGUCGCAAGCGGAGAGAAGGAACACGACGUCAAGAACGGGGCUCUGUCUGGAUGGCACGCUUCUCCUGGCAAGAGCAUGGGACAGAGUCGGGCAGCCAAGAUCUUGCUCAGGCACCGACUACGGGUCGGCGUGUACGAUAAUAACGGCCAGAACAUCAGCAGCCAGUUACUUCCGACGACGAAGUCACAGGCGCAUCUACCGGCCGAACAUCCCGAAGAUACAAUACUUUCGAAACGAGACAUCCCUCAACCGAUUCACGCCCUUAAUGAACUACUCAUCCACCGGGGCCCGAAGCCUCACCUUGCCCACAUCGACAUUUACCUCAAUAAUCGAUUCCUCACGGAAGCUGUCGCAGAUGGCAUAUUACUGAGCACGCCGACGGGCUCUACCGCAUAUAGUCUGAGCGCCGGCGGUUCCAUCAUACACCCCCUUGUCAAAUCACUGCUCAUCACUCCCAUCUGCCCCAGGAGUUUGAGCUUCCGGCCUCUAGUCCUCCCCCUCAACACCAAGGUCACACUCAAAGUCAGCAGCAAGAACCGUGACGGUGAGCUGGAGGUUAGCAUUGACGGAAAGCGAAGCGCCGGCGCAGGUAUCGGCACUGAAAUCCGUGUCGAAGGCGAGAUGGUGGGCGAGUCCAGCAACGGUGACUGGAAGGGAGGUGUGCCAUGUGUCAUUUGCGGACCAGGCAAAGGCGACGCGUCAGACUACGACGAUGACGGCUGGGUUGGGGGUCUCAACGGCCUGCUCAUGUUCAACUACCCCAUCGGGAGGUGA